AUGCUGGGAGCUCUGUGCCUCGCUGUGCUGCUGGGCUUUGCCUCCGGGUGCGGCAGGCCGGCUGUGCCACCACAGCUGGACGCCCGAGUGGUUGGUGGGGAAGACGCCCUGCCUCACAGCUGGCCAUGGCAGGUCUCGCUGCAGUACGACAGGUCCGGCACUUGGCGCCACACCUGCGGCGGGACCCUGAUCGCCUCCAACUGGGUGCUGACUGCUGCCCACUGCAUCAGCUCCAGCCUGACCUACCGUGUGGUGCUGGGCUUGCAGGACCUGUCUGAAGAGAAUGAGGCUGGCUCCCUGGCCGUGGGGGUGGAGAAGACAAUCGUGCAUGAGAAGUGGAACUCCUUCCUCAUCGUCAACGACAUUGCCCUGAUCAAGCUGGCAGAGGAGGUGGAGGAGACUGAGACCAUCCAGGCUGCCUGCCUGCCCCCUGCAGGGCUGCUGCUGGAGAAUGACUACCCCUGCUACGUCACCGGCUGGGGCCGCAUCCUCACCAACGGUCCCCUGGCCGAUGCUCUGCAGCAGGCCCUGCUGCCCGUGGUGGACCACGAGAUCUGCUCCCAGUGGGACUGGUGGGGUAGCACCGUGCGGGACACCAUGGUGUGCGCCGGCGGCGACGGCAUCGUCUCGGGCUGCAACGGCGAUUCUGGGGGCCCCCUGAACUGCCAGCGGGACGGAGCCUGGGAGGUGAACGGCAUCGUCAGCUUCGGCUCCGGCCUGAGGUGCAACCUGAAGAAGAAACCCACGGUCUUCACCAGGGUGUCUGCCUACAUUGACUGGAUCAACGAGAAAAUAAGCUCCAACUGA